AUGUCUACGUUAAACUCUCAUUUUCGUUUCUCAUUGUUGCCCAAAAAUAAUAAGCGUAUCAUUCUCGAGAUCAAUCUUUACUUCGAAACCGACAAGUAUUGUUGGCAAUGGCACAUCUGCAACAUUGAAUGGAUUAGGGAAAACUCGUAUAUUGAAUUUCGAUCUUCAACACCAACAUUAACUGUUCAACGUCUCCGAUUUAUCAAUGGUCGUUGUCAAGAUGCCAAUGGUGGGUGUGCUAUUUUCCAGAAAAACGGAGGAACAACAGUUAUAAACAGUUGUAGCUUCGAAAACAAUACAGGACCUGCAGUCGGCCAGGAUAUGGCAGGAGCGCUUGGUAUUCUUGGCAGUGGAUUAAGUAUAUCCAAUAGUCACUUUGAGACAAAUACAGCUACUGGUAACGGUGGGAAUCCGGGAAAUGGAGGCAAUGAUGGUGCAAUAAGUUUUGAUGGUUUAAGACGAAAUAAUACAAUUUGUGGAACAAGAUUUACCGGUAAUCAAGCAAAUCAAUUCGGUGGAGCAUUCUUUCGUGUAUCAUAUAAUGGAAGCGAACAAAACAUUUUCGGCAAUGUUCUCGUUGAUAGCAACUUCAUUUCAAUAAAUGGAAAUGGUCUAACUGGUGGAUUUUACAUUCAAGGUGAUAUUGUGACGAUUCGUAAUAGUACCGUUGCAGAUAAUUCUGCAACUGAAGCCGGUGGAAUCUUUUUCGUCAACGAUAAAUCAGUUACGUUAAACAAUAUCAAUCUACUAAGUAACAUAGCAUAUACAAGCAUUGGUGCAGCUGUUAUCUGUUCAAAUCCGGUAACAGGCUUAUUUACUGGUCUAAUUGUAGCCAAUAAUUCUGCUGGUGCUUUCGGUGCAGUUUUCGCAUCGUGCAGUAGAACAAUCACAGUUUCAAAUCCAAUCAUUGCUGAUAACAUUGUAAAAAAUACAUGGCCAGCAAAUCCAUGCACAAGUAUGCUGAACGGUGGUCCAGGUAUCGUUCAAUUGCCAAUCAACAAACAAAAACCUGCUACAGGAACAGAUGCUUUUUGCCCAAAUGGAACAAUUACAAAAUUAUAUAAUGUUUCAAUUAUACUGGACAAAUCCACUUGA